CUACAAUCAGUGUCAUCCCUUUUAGUACCAGGAAGUGGACAUUUUGUGCCACAGUGUGCAGGAUGUAGCUAAAGCUUGCUGUUCUUCAAAAGAGCAUUAUGGGUAACACAGAGAGUAUGGUGGUGCAAAAGCGCCUGGCCCGCUUCCGUCCCCAGGAGCGGCCUGUGGUGGAGGGGGUCUUCGACAGGCUCCAGAGCGGUGCUGAGGGCCCUUCAGAAGCCCCCGGGAAAACCCCAGCAGGGAGGACUCUAACGCUUGAGGUGUUGCAGUCCUCAAUGGGCAGCCUGGUACCAGACUCCAUGGUGAGGAGGAUCUACCAUUGCAUGUGUACUAUCGACCCUGGACUUGCAGCACCCGCAGCUUCUGGGAAGACUAGCACCUCGGCUGCCUCUGGAGUAGCUCGAGAGCAAUUGGUCAUCUUCCUAGCAGACACGCUGCGAGGCACUGCAGAGGAGCGGGCUCCUCUCGUCAUGGCCAUGUGUCAGCGUGGGACAGGGACAGCAGUGGUUGUCACAUGUGAGCAGGUAGCAGAGUUCCUCCAGGACCUGAUUUCUGCUGUAGUUCAGAUCCUGGUCCACAGAGGGCGCCUGCAGGCCUGGAAGCCAGAGCGAAUGGGUGAUAGCUCCCUAGGUGUCAAACUCCUGGCAGAGCACAUGUGUUCUGAACUCAAACCCUCAGCUCAAGGAUGUCAUGAUGUUUCCUGUCUGGAGGACUGGAUCUUCAGGGUCUCCCAGGUUUCAUUGUACCUGGAGAUCCUGGUAGCUGAGGGCCUAAACGUGUCCCUGGGCGACCGGCCGGCCCCCACCCUGCUGCCCCCCUGCAUCGGGACGCCCUGGAAAGAGCUGAGGUGUCUGCUGGACCUCCCCACCCUUAUGUUUCUGGCUCCACAGUUGCCAGACAGCUACAGCGCCCCCUGGAGACUUGUGUUUUCCACGCGGCUGCAUGGGGAGAGCUUCACCAGGAUGGCUGCUGGUCUGACAAAAUGUGGGCCCACCCUGCUGCUUAUUAAAGACACAAAGGGGCAUGUUUUUGGGGGGUUUGCCUCCCACGCCUGGGAGGUCAAACCUCAGUUCCAGGGUGACUCCAGAUGCUUCCUGUUCUCGGUGUUCCCCAGACUGAGAGUUUAUACAGCAACAGGAUACAACCAACACUACAUGUACUUUAACCAGAAUCAGCAGACCAUGCCCAACGGACUGGGUAUGGGCGGUCAGCAAUACUACUUUGGCCUGUGGCUGGACAGUGAUUUUGGUCGUGGUCAUAGCCGUGCACGGCCCAAGUGCACCACCUACGGCAGCCCACAGCUUUCUGGAGAGGAGGACUUCACCCUGGACUCAAUGGAAGUGUGGGCAGUUGGAAAACCCCCAGAACCAGAGGAGGGUGAGGAGGGGAAGGGCAAGAAGAGUAUCCUGGAUAUGGAUCCAGAGGUCCAGGCCAUGAUGGAGAUGGCAGGGAAGACUCUACACAGCCAGGGCCUCAGGGAGCCCGAGGAAGACUAGGAGCAGUGAAGGGCAACAAAACCAAAACAGUCUUAACGUAUCUAGGCUCCUGUUCCACCUGGAUCUGACACAAAUUGGGAAUUUGUCAUCUUACAGAGCUGGACAAUAUUUCUUCCAACUGACUUUAAGACAUGUCUCCUGUAUACAAAUUGAAUUUCUCUUUCCCUGCCUUUCACCCUUCAACACCCAAAAUGCAGCUGCUGUUAAAUAUGGUAGGCUAGGGAAGGUGUCAUCACAACAUAAACCACGCUAAUAAGGCCUACAUGUAUCUAGGUCUAAAGCCUGGUGUGACCCAUUGACACACAACUGAAAGCUACAAGUGUGAAAGCUUCAAGCCAGCUUUCAUCAUGAGUAUGAAAGGGACCCAUGUGCCAUGGGUGUGUUCAAUCUUAUCUCAUCCAAGCUGCACUGGUGUUUGACCGAAGCAAGCAAAUAUACGAGACCUACCACAGACAAAUGCAUCAGAUAAGGAGCAGUGGAAGCAGUUUGUUUCUCCGCAGUUGCCUCAGUCAACCAUAUUGACCUAUUGAAACCACUAACUGAAGUAUUAGGGUGUAAAGAGUGAGCACAACAAAACAGUCACACCAUUUAUAGUUAUGUAUAAUAGAACAAGAAUACAUGGAACUAUCCUAAAGGGUCUUGGUUGUAGGGGGAGGUAAAGAUCCUCUCCAGGGAGACAUAUCAUGCUCAUUUUCAGGAUCAUAUUUGUGUUACUUACUUACUUGUAACUUGAUAUGUGUGCUUUAAAAUGUUUAAAAAACAUUGGGGCUAAUGUGAGCUGAUCAGAUCAUUUUCUGGUCUCAUCAGCCCACAUACCAUGCACUGGGUUGUCUUAUUUCACAGUUUGUGGCUUGGCAGACACUCCAGAUAUCCAAAUGUAUGCCCAGCACUGGGAAAAGGGAGAUAUUCAUGGUAUGUCCCCUUUAAGGCAAUUUUAAGAAAAGCCUACUUGUGAAUUGCUGUGUGACUGAGUAUUUUAUUGCUGCAAAAUUGACAAACCUUCAGGUUUAGAUGACCAAUUGUGACAUACACGUCGUUCUCUAUCUACUGUACUAGUUCAGUGAACACGUGACUAAUGAGAUCCUUCAUAAGUUGUUUAACUAUCGGAGAAGUUCAGGAGUUAUUUGGGGAAUUUCUCCAGUACAAGACUUGACAUUUUUUUUAUUCAACAGAUACCAGGGAUUCUAAAUACUUUGUCCCUCCUCAAACUGACAGCUUUAGAUAAGCUUCAUGAAUACAAGAGACACAACUUCUUCAAACUACCCAUUUUUACAGACUGGAGGCACUACUGGAUUGUUUAUUUAUUUCAUUUUUUUGUUCAAGGCGUGUUGCUUGUUCAUGUGUUAUGACCCAGACAUUAGAUGAGAAAUGAGUUGUAAAGACAACUAGAGGAAUGCCUAUAUAAAUGUAUCACUAUACUAGACCUGUAUUGUCCAUGCA